CCAUGUGCAUUAAAGCUAUAAUAAGCGGUCAUUUUCUUCUCAACAAAGCUGACGCAUUUCCCACUGAAUGAGAGAAAAGGCUAGUUAAACAGAGAGGACCAAAAUUGAACAUGUAGCUGAAUAGGUAAACCGUUUUAUUGGGUCCUUGGGAUAUAUCCUUAUUUGUUUCUUCUUCUGGAUGGAUCAACCCACUGCCCCUCAUUCAUUCAAUUGAUUUCGACUAGACAGUAUAUUAGCUUGCGGGAGAGGAUUACGUUUUAACUAACCAAAGCAAUGUGCAUAGGCAAGAGUAGCCUACAGUGGCAAGUAAGAUAACAGGGGAAAGUUAAGUGACGCUUGGAGUUCCUGGAGGAUCGUUUUCACUGUCGCACCUAUGAUAACGCACCGGUUAGCAAAUCGUUGCAGUGUGUGCAUGUGAGCGGCAACUGGAGGUGAGUGUGAUUUCUGAUGUAGAUGGGGCGCCGGGCCGCUAGUCCGCUCUGAGUGGACAAAUUACUUGAGACCAAGGGUAUGUGACACGAAAAACGUUGUUGUCACGACCAAAGAUGAGGGCUCGGCAUUAAAACCUCUCAUCUCCAAAAGGCGGGAAGGAGGUGGCAGCACAAGACGCAAACAUCUGUUUGACAUGAGUAGGAAGUCAGUCAAGCAAAUCAGGAGAGAACAAUACACGAUCGAGACUGCCUGCGGUGGCAAAUAUAAACGGAGAAUAUCUAUAUCCCUCUGAAGGAGCAGCAGCAUACCCUUGACUUUCAUUGCUGCGGGUUUUGUAUCGUUUUCUAACCUGGAUUUAAAUCAAGAUGAUGGAUCUCUCUACAGACAUAGAGGACAAAAUGCCCAGCUUUUCUACAAUGAAACACGUGUGGAUCUCUGUCUUGCUGGUGUGUAUUACAUGUCACCUGGGUCUUGGCCAGACCACAGCAGAGGCAUUGAAAGAGGCAGAGGCUAAUGAUAACAUCACCAUCUUCACACGGAUACUGGACGGACUGCUGGACGGCUACGACAACAGACUCAGACCAGGACUUGGAGAAAAGGUCACGGAGAUCAAAACCAAUAUAUUUGUCACAAGCUUUGGCCCAGUUUCAGAUACUGAAAUGGAAUACACCAUCGAUGUGUUUUUCCGACAAAGCUGGAAAGACGAGCGCCUGUGUUUCAAAGGACCCAUGGAGAUGCUGCCUCUGAACAACCUCCUGGCCAGUAACAUCUGGACCCCAGACACAUUCUUCCUCAACGGGAAAAAGUCUAUCGCCCACAACAUGACCACGCCCAACAAGCUACUGAGACUGAAGGAUGACGGGACGCUGCUCUACACUAUGAGGUUAACCAUAUCGGCAGAGUGUCCCAUGCAGUUGGAGGACUUCCCAAUGGAUGCUCACGCUUGCCCUUUGAAGUUUGGAAGCUAUGCCUAUCCAGUCUCUGAGGUGGUGUACCUCUGGCAAACCGGUGCUGCCAAGUCUGUAGUGGUGGCAGAAGACGGAUCCCGCCUCAACCAGUACCACCUGAUUGGCCAGACCGCAGGCUCUGAGGACAUCUACACCAGUCGAGGACAAUACACAGUCAUGAUGUGUCACUUCUACCUGAAGAGGAAGAUUGGUUACUUUGUCAUUCAGACCUACAUGCCCUGCUUCAUGACCGUGAUCCUGUCCCAGGUGUCCUUCUGGCUCAACCGUGAAUCUGUACCAGCCAGGACCGUUUUUGGUGUCACUACAGUGCUGACUAUGACGACUCUCAGUAUCAGCGCUCGCAACUCGCUGCCCAAGGUGGCCUACGCCACAGCCAUGGAUUGGUUCAUCGCUGUGUGCUAUGCGUUCGUCUUCUCCGCGCUCAUCGAGUUUGCCACCGUCAACUAUUUCACCAAGAGGAGCUGGGCGUGGGAUGGCAAGAAGGCCAUGGAGGCUCAGCACCCAAAGAAAAGGGACCCUAUGGUGCUUUCUAAGAAGCCCAACAACGUCUGUACAGCAGGAGUGAACUACACCCCCAACAUCACUAAGGAUAUCUCUAUCUCCACCAUCUCCAACAGCACCUCCAUACAACUAAGAUCGUCUGAAACAGAAGUCCUGGACCCCAAGAAAACCUACAACAGCGUGAGCAAAAUCGACAAAAUGUCCCGGAUAGUUUUCCCUGUCCUAUUUGGAACCUUUAACCUAGUGUACUGGGCUACUUACCUCAACAGAGAACCGGUCAUCAAAGGAGUCAACAUAUUGGCUCCAACAUAGUGUCUUUCUCAAACACACGACCCUACCUUCAACCGUAUUGGCCUACAAGCUGCUGAAGAAAAUGAUACUGUGUCACAAAGGAUGGGAGAUGGGUUCUGUCUUUCUCAUUACUGUCAUUUGCAUGAAGCUUUUUAGAGAGAUACUCUACCCAUGUUUGUCUUGAUAUUUCCUCUUUAUACCUACUGUACAUUGCUUUAAUUCAACAAUGACAUUUUGAACGUGAAAAUCAAAGGCAUUUUGAAAGUGAAACUCGACAAGGACCUUUUGAAAUGCUGCAGUGUGGACAUUUGUCCUGGCCUCAAAUGAAUUGAAAACGGUCAUGGCAUUUAUGUUGUUGUUUAUAACGCGGUCAUCUUGAAGAAUAGGAGACUGAGAAACACAUGCUGUGUUAGUAGUAUGAAGUAAGAUAGCGGAAGCUAGGACGUUACGGAAAGUGGCGAAUAAUGAUUUUCAGUGUCAUUUCCAGUCAGUUUGUGAAGUUUGUAUAAUGCUGCGGACAAAUCUCUCUUAUCUCUAUUGGAUACAUACGUUGUUAUACUUUUGUCAUUUUUGCCCAUCUCACAUGUACUGUUUGUCCAAUUUAAAAUGUUACUAUUUCUUACCUCUAUCUAUAUAAUGUACAGAUUCAUAAUUUUUUGACAAACGUGGGUCUAACUGUGGAGACAGAGGCCAAAUAAGCUAGCAAGAUACAACGCUGUGAUGUAAUUGAUUAUACAGUCUAAUCAACCUAGGUGAAGGUGCACAGUCGGAACAUUCUAAUCAUUACCAAGUUAUGAAAUGGUUGGUUGAUUAGGUCUGACUUUUUCAAUUGCAAUGGAAGUGUUUUCCCUAAGCUAGAGGGAGAGGGUGCCUACUUUGAAGUAUUGAGCUGCCCUUUGGUGUGAAAGGUUGAACUCGUGUACUGUAACAGGAUAUGUCUUCCUUAGGCAUCAAAUGGGGGGAAAAACGGACUGAAACAGGAAGGGACUUCCUGUAAUAAAUAAAAUAAGAAACACUUAUUUUAAUUUACCGUUUCAAAACAUUUUGCUACCAUUUGCCCUACUGAACACAGCCCUCCUACACUGCUGUCCUAUCCUCAUUGUGUCAUGACCAGAUUGGCCCCAGUCCCUGAAGUCCGCUAGGAUCUAAUUAGCCUGGGAUAAUGAGCUUGUACCUGUUAAACACUAUCUGAUAUGGCCCCUGGAGAGAGAACCAACCACAUGGGGACGACCACCCACCCUCACCCCAGGCCCAGAGCGCUUUGUUCAGGGUACGGGAAGGAGAGCAUGUGGGUAUGGCUCUGGGGCAUGAUGCCUCUGUGGUAACACCUACAUUCUUGUUACAGACUCAAGAGACUGAGAGACGGGUAUCUUUUUUUUGAAAGAGAGAAAGAAGAAUAAUGGAUGAAACAAGAAAGAAUACGUUUGUGCUUCAAGGUCUCCGUACUGGGAAGAAAAAAAUAAUCCCUACUUCAGUAAAAGAUGGAGAUACAGCCUAUAUGUAACAAGCUGUUGCUUAGAAUCAUGUAAACUCGUCGACACAGCGUGUACAGAGAGAGAAUAGAUGGAUAAUUAUGGAUAUGUUAUUGGUGACGGAUGGAUAAUUUAAAUGGCACUGACGUUACAGUUCUCAUUUAAGUAUCAUGUUGUAGAUAACGCAAUAACUACAUGUAUUAUUGUUAUUAUUAUUUUAUAUUCAGAUCCCCUAGGCAACAAAGACAUUCUUCGUGUAUAUAGAGACAGUGACUAAAAUACUUCUUUAUUUGUAUGUCUCUAUGUGACAUCUUGUGUUAAAGGAAUAAUCCACAACAACAGAAAACGUGUAUGUAUUUUCUUCAUUAGUCCACUAUUGACACAGUCCCAAAAUGGUUUUGCAUGUCAGCAAUCAUGUUUUCAAGAUAAAGGACUUUCACAAAGUAAAUUGCCACUAGCCACACCAUUACAUGCUGUCAUUCCAAUACAAAUCAAACCUAUUUCAUGUCAUUUCAGAUACAGUAUAUUAAUUAGUUAUGUGUACUAUUCUCCUUGUACUGGUGUAAAUGUGUACAUAAUUUUAGGUUGCAGUCAAAUGUUUUUAAUUUGUUAAGCACUUGACAAUGAGGCAUCCCUCUGAAAGAAUAUCCACCAAUCAGACUUAAGAGUACAUCUUAAAGGGGACAAAUGGAACAUGACCCCAUGGAGGUGUCAUGUAUGAGCUAUCGCUUGUCACUAAUAGCAACUAGCAAAGGAUGGGAGAGGAGGGGACUGCACUGAUGACUCGAUGGAUUACAGAAAUACUGGCCCAGGAGGUCCUGUUGUGUAGGGAGAGAGAGGACUGAUUCCAUCCCAUCAGUCACUGUGGCAGCCACAUCUGCCAUACAUCUGUUUGUCAAGGAUUUAGUUCCGCUUAAGUUGCUUUUCCAUUCAGGAGCCCUGUGUGCUUCCCUCCAAUUUAAGCCCUAACUGAUGACAAAUGGUGGUGCUCCUAUGGAGUGGACAGCUGCGGUGUGUGUUAGCAGGCAGGGAGAAAUGUACGAUUUCAAUGCUACGCUGAGAAAAAGACACAUGAUAGCUCAUCGAUAUGAGGGUGUAGCUUAGCAUAGUGCAUACACUACCACCCAUGUGUGUGUCUGAUGCAUCAAUGGAUUAUGUGACUAAAAAGUGUCAAUAAAUGUAUGUACAUUAUUUGAUUAAAUUAGUACACUGAAAUCGCUUUUUACCACAUUAUUAUAUUCUGUUUUCAGGAGGGAGAAAUUAUCAAACAGAAUGGAUGGUUUUCGGUCACAGUAGCCUAUAUCAUCUGUGU